CCUGCUGUGGAAUCGCUCUUGCGGAUGUUUCUGCGGAGAAGGGCCCUGACAGUCGAGGGGCGGCGCCUCUCCGCACCUGGCGCACUCCUGGCGGAGCCGGACGGAUGACGGACGAGGAUGCCAUGAGAAAAGCUGGCGUGGCCCACAGUAAAUCUAGCAAGGAUAUGGAGAGCCAUGUGUUCCUGAAGGCCAAGACUCGGGAUGAAUACCUUUCUCUCGUGGCCAGGCUCAUUAUCCAUUUUCGAGAUAUUCAUAACAAGAAAUCUCAGGCUUCUGUCAGUGACCCGAUGAAUGCCCUGCAGAGCCUGACUGGUGGACCUGCUGCGGGAGCAGCUGGAAUUGGCAUGCCCUCUCGGGGCCCAGGACAGUCACUGGGUGGAAUGGGAGGCCUUAAUGCCAUGGGACAGCCAAUGCCCCUCUCAGGACAGCCACCCCCUGGUACCUCAGGGAUGGCCCCCCAUGGCAUGACUGUUGUGUCUACAGCAGCUCCACAGACCCAGCUACAACUCCAGCAGGUGGCGCUGCAGCAGCAGCAACAGCAGCAGCAGUUUCAGCAGCAGCAGGUGGCGCUGCAGCAGCAGCAGCAGCAGCAGCAACAGCAACAGCAGCAACAGUUCCAGGCUCAACAGAAUGCUAUGCAGCAGCAGUUCCAGGCAGUGAUGCAGCAGCAGCAGCUUCAGCAGCAGCAGCAGCAGCAACAUCUGAUCAAAUUUCAGCAAAACCAGCAGCAGAUACAGCAGCAGCAACAGCAACUGCAGCGGAUAGCACAACUGCAACUGCAGCAGCAACAGCAGCAGCAGGCUUUGCAGGCUCAACCACCAAUACAACCACCACCAAUGCAGCAGCCACAGCCUCCCCCCUCCCAGACCCUGCCCCAGCAGCUGCAGCAGAUGCACCACACGCAGCACCACCAGCCACCACCACAGUCCCAGCAGCCGCCAGUAGCUCAGAACCAACCUUCGCAGCUCCCGCCACAGUCACAGACCCAGCCUUUGGUAUCACAGGCUCCAGCCCUCCCUGGACAGAUGCUGUAUGCCCAGCCACAACUGAAACUGGUCCGAACUCCAAUGGUGGUACAGCAGCCCCAGGUGCAGCCCCAGGUGCAGCAGGUGCAGCCCCAGGUGCAGCAGCAGACAGCAGUGCCGACAGCUCAGGCCUCCCAGAUAGUGGCUUCCGGAGUCCAGAUGAUCACCGCAGCCUUGGCCCAAGGUGGGAUGCAAGUAAGAGCCCGGUUUCCGCCCACCACCGCUGUGUCUGCCGUCCCGUCAAGCACCAUCCCUUUGGGCGGACAGCCCUCGGCACAGGUCAGCCAGAGCAGCCUCACCAUGCUGUCCUCACCAUCGCCGGGCCAGCAAGUACAGACCCCGCAAUCGAUGCCCCCUCCCCCACAGCCGUCCCCGCAACCUGGCCAGCCCAGCUCACAGCCCAACUCCAACGUCAGCUCCGGCCCAGCCCCAUCCCCCAGUAGCUUCCUGCCCAGUCCCUCACCACAACCCUCCCAGAGUCCAGUGACAGCGCGCACCCCACAGAACUUCAGCGUUCCCUCACCGGGACCUUUAAAUACCCCUGUGAACCCCAGCUCAGUCAUGAGCCCAGCUGGCUCUAGCCAGGCCGAGGAACAGCAGUACCUGGACAAGUUAAAGCAGCUGUCCAAGUACAUCGAGCCCCUGCGCCGCAUGAUCAACAAGAUCGACAAGAAUGAAGAUAGGAAAAAAGACCUGAGUAAGAUGAAGAGCCUUCUGGACAUUCUCACAGACCCUUCUAAGAGGUGCCCCCUGAAAACACUGCAGAAGUGUGAGAUUGCUCUGGAGAAACUCAAGAAUGACAUGGCGGUGCCCACGCCCCCACCACCUCCAGUGCCACCAACCAAACAACAGUACCUGUGCCAGCCACUCCUGGAUGCCGUCCUGGCCAACAUCCGCUCACCCGUCUUCAACCAUUCCCUGUACCGCACAUUUGUGCCGGCUAUGACAGCCAUCCAUGGCCCACCCAUCACGGCCCCAGUGGUGUGCGCCCGGAAGCGUAGGUUUGAAGAGGAUGAGCAGCAGAACAUCCCCAAUGUGCUCCAGGGGGAGGUGGCCAGGUUAGACCCCAAGUUCCUGGUGAACUUGGAUCCUUCUCACUGCAGUAACAACGGCACCGUCCACCUGAUAUGCAAGUUGGAUGACAAGGACCUCCCGAGUGUGCCGCCUCUGGAGCUCAGCGUGCCUGCCGACUACCCUGCCCAGAGUCCGCUGUGGAUCGACCGACAGUGGCAGUACGAUGCCAACCCCUUCCUGCAGUCGGUGCACCAGUGCAUGACCUCCAGGCUGCUGCAACUUCCCGACAAGCACUCUGUCACCGCCCUGCUCAACACUUGGGCACAAAGUAUCCACCAGGCCUGCCUCUCAGCUGCCUAGCCACCACUGCUGCUCCCUCUUGGGCCACCCCUCCCCCAGCUGCCAGGGACCUCGUCGGGCCACAAAAGACACACGCCUCACAUUGGACGUUUCUAGGUGUUGGCUUCCUUAGAGAGCCUGGACUUAGGUUAGCUUUCUUGCUUUUAUCUUCUGUCUUGGGGACCUGCCAAACAUUUCCCACACUUGUACAGGACUAGGACAGGUGACCAUGGCGCUGGCUCUAUCCUCCAGGAAGUCAGACGUGCUCUACCCUGUGCCCUCCAGGGCCCUUGUCCAUGCUCAGCUCCUGGCGGAGUGCUCAGGGUCUUGUUGGAGCAUCUUGUGUGUGAGUCUGAAAACAUGUCUACUGUUUCAAUAGCAGACAUAGAGAACAUAGGAAAUCUUUAAAACACACAGAUUUCUCUGAUAAGUUUUGGGUUCAGACCAUGCCACUGUUGGCAUGUGGAGUGCCACAGAAGCUCCCAGAUACAGGGAUGCUGGCUGUGUCGCAGAGGGAGGGCUGGCCUACAGGUGGCUGCAAGUCCCCUGCCACCAACUGGGCCUUAUACCUCACGGCAUUCUUCCUUCAAGCCCUGGGGGCCCUCACAGCACUUGUGGGGGCACAGAGGGAGCAGGGACAUCUGGGGUAUCCUGCCCCGGCACUGUACCCACUAGUUGGACACUUGGCCCGCUGUCGGGUUAGGCUGCCAUCCUUGGGACCUGGUGUCCUCGGAGCCCCUUCAGAGAGUGAGAGCUUCGUGGUGGGGCACCAGCCGGCCCUCUGAUGAUCAGAGUUUCUUCCUUUUAUAUGUGCACUACCAUGUCAUCUGUGGUUCUUAUAAUAAAUUUAUUAUUCCUGUGUUUGCCAUGAAUUUAUCACUAUUUCCCCACCCGCAAUGAGCAGGGCACCUACAUCCAGUGAAGGACAAUGUCAGGGCUGAGUUAGUUCCCCCGGACUUGGAGAUGGCCACAGAUACCCAGACUUUGGUUUACCCUCAUCUGAUAGUUCCUUGUCCUGGUUCAGCCCCAGGUUUCUGGUGAAGUUCCUGUAGCCCAAAGUGGGAAAAGGCAAAGAUGAGCACUGAGGGAACAGCUGAUAGGGCCGGAAGGACUGUCCUGCCAGGUGAGGAUUGCCACUGAACUGACCACAGCCACGGGAGGGGACCGAAACUGCUGUUAGUGAUGAUUGAGGGCAUGUGUGAGGUCCUCACAGGGUGGGUUGGCCCCUCAAGAGGACCAUUCUUCUGUGGCUGUGGCCUUCAUGGAGGAUGGCAGACGUGGCAGGUACCUCAUUGGCUGUGUGUGUCAGUUAAGACAGGAGGACGGCAUCUUUACCCACUGCCCCCCUCCCAGCCCACCUGGGGUGUCCUAUUGGUCAGGAUACCUGUGUGACCAUGUGCCUAGAAGACAGUUCCCGACCUGGUCAGGGGCAAGAAUGCCUCAUUGGCUCCAAGAGGGCCACUGUGCUCUUCAGCACAGCCCUGGACCCUGAGAUGCUGAGGUGUCUGCCAGGAGGAUCCAACUACAGCAGGGAGCAGGGCUCGUGGCAGACCACCAGGCGGUGAUGCCUGAUAGCCAGUGAGUGGUGAGACUUGCAAAUGGGAGUAACGAGCUUUAUUUCCAGUCUCCAGCGGGUAGGAUAAUACUUAGUUCAUAAUGUAUUUUUGUGUAAAUGCAGAAUAGCAAAAUAUUGAGUAAAAAAAUAACUCCUAAAUUCUGAGACCAAGUACUUUAUGUAUGCCGUGAGUUUUGUUUAUCUGAAACUUGGCUUAAGUGUUUUAGAAUUCUUUUUAAUUACUAUCUAGUGAGGGUUAGUGUCUCCAGCUGCGAGGAUGAGGCCAGUGGCCCUCAGAGCAUGGAGCGGUGCAGUCGCCGGCUCUGCACAACCUGUAGCCUUUUCUGUCGCUCUGCAAAGUUACUCUUUAGAGACUGCUUCAGCGCGGGCAGGAUGGCACGCUCCACCAUGGGUGUUGGGCUCAGAAUCAGGCUGGUGGGAGCAGAGGAAGGGUCUGUGCCUGGGCUCUCAGAAGCAGAGAUGUGACAGGGAGCGAUCCCCAGAGCCCAAGAGCUGCUGGCACCUGACAGGGUGAGCACCCCACCCAUCCCAGGCCAGCGAGACUCACCAUUUCUUAGAGAUGCCCUUGGUGGGGACCUUGGGGAACUGCGUGGUCCCUGGGUGAAGGGCCUCCUGGUCCCUGAGUGAAGGAAGAGCCUGUGAGCCCCAGAAAACCGGGCCCCUCUCUUUUGGGGAGGGGCCCAAGCACGGGGCGCUUACUUGGGAGAACUCAGCCCAGCCUCCUCAGGGGCAGCCUUGAGCCGCUGGUUCCCUUCCAGAAGGGACUUUAGGUGCUGCAGCUGAAAGGCAGGGAGAAGGGCAUGGAGGGUGGGUCCUGCUGACUCAUCAGGGACAAGCCACCCCGCCUCCCCCAGUCCUGAGCCUCACCUCUUGGGCCUGCAAAAGGUUGGCAUUCCAUAGCUGGCGGAUGACUACCUCACACUGUUGAAGUGUGGCGGGCUUGCGCAGGGCUGGGGGCAAGUUCAUCAAGGGUGAUGCCCCCAUUGCCUGCUUGCCCUUGUGCUGGCUGCCUGCCACCGAGGUCGCCGCUGGAUUGGAGAUCUCCACUUGGUCAUCUCUGAAACAGUCAUUGCAGCAGCCCCCAGGCGGCCUGCUCAGAUUGCCCUGACUGCCACCACCUCAACACAGGGCAGCACUGCCAGCAUGGGGUGUGGAGGGUGGGUGCCCAUGCAGCCUCCUUGGCCUGGUGGUUCUGUUCUGACCUGGGUGCUCUAGGCACCAGAUGGAAACCUAGUUGUAACUCACCAGGGCUCGUCCCUUCCUCCCCUCUAAUUUGAAGGCCAAAUUACUUAUAGUUACUUUGAGAAAAUAGUUUAGGGGCUGCUAUUGGCCCCUCUUGUGGGCUCACGUCAGUACAGGGACCCUGUGGAACCCCCAGAGGACAGAAAGGCAGUGUCCACCCAAUGGAUGAAUCCAUCCGCUUUCAGGAGCUUGGUUUGUGCUCAAGACAGACCAUCUGGAAGGGCAAAGUGGUUUGCUGUUUCUAGGGUGUGAACCUAGCAAAUGUAAUCCCAGGAUCGCUGGGUGCAGGUGAACCUUACUUGGGUGGGUUCAUAAUGUAUUUACUUUUCUGUCCCCUGUGACCCGGGGACUUUGUCCAGUUUGUGAAGCAGGGCAGCAACCAGGGGCUCCUCAUCUUGGUCCGUCUUCUGGGAAACAGUGGCUUUCAAAUCUUGCUUCUUGGAGAAGCUUGGCUGGGACCUGGCCUUGCCUUGAGAGUUGGCUGUAGGUCAGACCCGGAGCUAGUCACUUAACCUUACCCUAGCGCUCCAAGAUCAGCUCUGGGACCCAAGGAGCCUCCCCCAACCUCAGGUAUCUCUUCUGUUAAAAAAAAAAUCAAAAUCAACAAACAACUAUGAACCAGAGACACUCUAUGGGGUGUG